AUGAGUUCUAAUGGUCGUUGGUACGAGGAGCUUGAUGUCUUCAUAGAGAAACCUGAAACUGAUGUUCUUACUGGUGAUGGUGUUGUGGUGGAUGCAGUGACUGGGAACGAACCUGUUGAUGGAGGAGAGAGUGAAGAUGAGUAUCAAGCGAGUGAUGAAUCUGAUAAAGAAGAGGAUAUUGACAGAAAUUUUGAAGAGGAUGUUGAGAUGUUUAGGGAUGAGAACUAUGAUGAGGAGAUUCCAGACGAGGAGGAGGUAUAUCCUGACACGGAGGAGUUAUCUGAUGAUGAAGAGGAACAAGCUGAGAGGAUGGCUAAUAGGGGUGAAUUAGAUGGUGUUUUUAGUCUUAGGCAGACCUUUUACAGCGGUGAAGAGUUCAAGAAGCAAGUGAUCAAAUAUAUUCUGAAAACGAGAAGAAAUAUAGUCUUCAGCAGAUGGGAGAAGACAAAGAUUGGUGCUAAAUGUGGUGGUAAAGGAUGUGUGUGGCGUAUAUACUGCUCAUUAGAGAGACCCAUCAAGAAAUGGAUGGUGAAAGUGUAUGUUAACACACAUACGUGCCAUCCCACAGGGAAGUGUAAACUCAUCAAAAGCCCUGCCAUUGCUGAAGUUAUGUUGGAGAAAAUCAGGAAGGAAUCUGAAAUGAGUGCUCCAAUGAUUAGAGAAGAGUUUAGGGAUAAGUUAAACAUCAUAAUCUCUCCCGAGCAGGCCAAGAUUGCGAGGCGUAUUGUUCUUGAUAAGCUACAGGCCGAGUGCAAUGAGCAUUUUGCAAGGCUAAAUGACUAUGAGAUGGAACUAUUACGUUCAAAUCCUGAUAGCAAAAUAAAGAUCAAUACAACAACAAAACCAAAUGGAGCGAAAGCAUUCCACUCCAUGUAUAUCUGCUUUCACCAAAUUCGUGUGGCAUGGAAGGAAUAUUGCAGGCCGGUUAUUGGAUUAGAUGGGACAUUCCUCAAACACAGCUCUCUUCAAGGACUGAUUCUCACUGCAAUAGGAAGGGAUCCCAAUAACCAGAUAUAUCAAAUAGCAUGGGCUGUGGUCAACUCUGAGAGCAAUGAUAAUUGGCAAUGGUUUAUUCACAGGUUGAAGAUUGAUUUGGGUUUAGGCAUGGGUGAUCUUGUGACAAUCAUUUCAGAUCAGCAUAAGGGAUUGAUUCAUGGAGUUACAGUUGAGUUGCCAAGAGCUGAACAUAGAGCUUGUGCUAGGCACAUUUAUUCUAAUCUGAAGAAGAACCAUAAGUCUGAUACCCUGAAGCCACUCUUCUGGCGUAUUGCAUGUAGCUACAAUGAGGCAUACUAUGAGAAGAGUUUGGAUGUUUUCAAACAGUUUGAUCCAUUAGCAGCUGACGAGCUUUUGAAGAAGGAUCUUUCUACUUGGUGCAGGGCUUUUUUCCGGAUAGGUUCGUGUUGUUCUGAUACACACAACAACUUCACUGCGUCUUUCAAUAGAACUUCGAAGAUAGCAAGAAAGAAGCCUUUCAUUCAGAUGCUUGAGUUGAUUAGAAGAGAUGCAAUGCAGCGGAUAGCUACUAGAUGUAAGACAACGAAAGAUGAGACGGGUCUCGUUACAAAGAAGGCGAGAAAGGAGGUUGAAAAGUAUUGUGAUGAAGCUAAGCAUUGUUAUUCUUUGCCUAGCACAAGUGGUGAUUAUGAGUGUGUUGAAUUUGGAAAUGGUUACAGUGUGAAUUUGCCAUCUCGUAGCUACGCUUGUAGGAAAUGGGACUUAUCUGGAAUUCCAUGUCGCCAUGCUGUAUCUGUUAUCCGUGAGAACGGUCUCGAGGUUGAAGAUUUUAUUUCAGAUUAUUAUCUGACAUCGAAGUGGCAAGACCAUAUUGAAGCACCGCCAUACAAGAGACCUCCUGGAAGACCAAAAGGGAAGGCAAGGAUCAAAGGAAUGAAUGAAUCUCCCAAGAAAAAUGCGACCAAAGUUGAUCGAAAAGGAAGAAUAGGUCAUUGUGGUCUAUGUGGUGGUGAAGGCCACAACUCAAGGAAGUGUCCUCUUGAGUCUGAAGAAAGCAGAAAGCGUAGGCGCCUCAACAUGGAACAAGCAGCUCAGGAACAAGCAAUUGAAGACGUUUCCUCAACUGCACCACCUGCUACACAAGCUUAA